CUUUCUCGUUCCAGGAACUACUUGCCAGCGCACAGGUAUCAUCCCUCCGAACUAACUGCUUGUCACCUUGUUUUUUGUCGUUGUUUAAGAUGGAGAAAAGUUACACGUUCAGUCAGCAUUAUGAGGAAAAAAUUCGUCCUUGCAUCGAUAUUGUGGACAACUUACGAUCAUUGGGAGUCGAGAAGGACCUGGCGCUGCCUGCAAUCGCCGUCAUAGGAGACCAAAGCUCGGGGAAAAGCUCUGUUCUGGAGGCAUUAUCAGGGGUGGCUUUACCCAGAGGCAGUGGCAUUGUCACAAGAUGCCCUCUUGAGCUCAAGAUGAUUAGAACUAAGGAGAAAGGAUGGCAUGGAAAAAUCAGUUAUCAAACCAGUAAUCAAGAUUAUUGUGAAGAUAUUGAUGACCCAGAGGAUGUGGAGAAAAAGAUCCGUGAAGCCCAGGAUAAAAUAGCUGGACCAGGGGUUAGUAUUAGUGAGGAUCUCAUCAGUCUUCAGAUCACCUCUCCAAAUGUUCCGGACCUCACACUCAUUGACCUGCCCGGGAUUGCACGAGUUGCAGUCAAGGGCCAACCUGAAAAUAUUGGAGAGCAGAUCAAAAGACUGAUCAAGAAGUUUGUUACAAAGCAAGAAACAAUCAACCUUGUUGUGGUGCCGUGUAACGUUGACAUCGCUACAACAGAAGCGUUACAGAUAGCACAGAACGAGGACCCUGAAGGCGGGAGGACUUUAGGCAUCCUAACAAAGCCAGACCUGGUGGAUAAAGGCACUGAGCAGACAGUGGUGGACAUUGUGCACAAUGAGGUCAUUCAUCUUACUAAAGGCUACAUGAUCGUCAGGUGCAGGGGACAGAAAGAGAUUUUAGAUCAUGUCACUCUCAAUGAGGCCACAGAGACAGAGAAGUUCUUCUUUAAAGACCAUCCUCAGUUCAACACACUGUAUAAUGAAGGCUUUGCAACUAUUCCCAAGUUGGCAGAGAAACUAACAAUCGAGUUAGUUCAUCAUAUAGAGAAAUCCAUGCCACGGUUAGAAGAACAAAUUGAGGCAAAGCUAGCUGACACACAGAAGGAACUGGAGGCAUACGGUACCGGACCACCAUCAGACCCUUCAGAGCGACUUAGCUUUCUGAUUGAUAAAGUGACAGCUUUCAUUCAGGAUAUGUUUAACCUGACCACUGGGGAAGAAGUUAAAUGUAAUUCAGACCUCAUGAUUUUCCAAGAGCUUCGAGAUGAAUUUGCACUAUGGAAAGUCUUCUUGGACCGUUCAGGAGAUAAAUUCAACAAGAAGAUUGAGAAAGAAGUGGAUAAAUUUGAAGCCAAGUAUCGAGGAAGAGAGCUUCCAGGUUUCAUCAGUUACAAGACCUUUGAGAAGCUGGUCAGAGAACAGAUCACGACAUUAGAAGAACCUGCAUUAAAAACACUUAAGGCCGUCUCAGAUAUGGGUAGAAAGAGAUUUAUCCAACUGGCCCAAAAAAGCUUCAUUGGAUUCCCCAAUCUUCUUAAAAUAGCAAAGACUAACAUUGAAGCCAUCAAGCAGGAGAAAGAAUUGCUGGCCGAGUCCAUGUUGAGAACUCAGUUCAAGAUGGAGCUCAUUGUUUACAGUCAAGAUGGCACAUACAGUCAAAGCCUCCAAAAGACAAAAGAGAAAGUGAAGCAGGAGGAGGAAACUGCACAACUUCAUCAAGCAAUUUCAGUUGCACCUCAUCAACCUGUAUCUUCCUUUAACUUUGGAUCGGGUUUCGGAAUAACAAUAGUUAGAACAGACAAUCACACCACCUUACAUGAGAUGAAGCUCCACAUCAAGUCCUACUACUCUAUCGCAAGCAAGCGUCUAGCCGACCAGAUCCCAAUGGUGAUCCGCUUCCAGCUUCUCCAAGAGGCUGCGGCGGAGCUGCAGAGAAACAUGUUGCAGUUGCUGCAGGAGAAGGAUGCUUUAGAUGACCUGCUUAAAGAAGACCAUGACAUCGGUCAGAAGCGGGAAACCCUAAUUAGUCGCCAGAGACGUCUACUAAAAGCACGCAACCUCCUCAUUGGCUUUUAGAAUUCAGUUUAUAUUUUUGACGGUAAUAUGUUCAAUAUAACACAAUAGCACUAUAGCUUGUGAGUUAAAGAUCCACCAUAUAAGAAGUUAGUAUGGUGUCUCCUUCACCCAUUUAAACACCCACAAUAUCAUUCUUUUACCUUAAAUACUAUGACUACAUAAAAAUUACUUUAAACUUUUUCCAACCUUUUACUUGAGUUAAGAUAAGUAAGUACUAUUUCAAAAUGAAAAUACAUUAAAUGUAGUGAUUUAUAAUAUUAUGCUUUAGGAUGUAGUCAAGUAG